AUGGCUUCUCGAUGGUCAGCUAAUGGUGGUAGCUACUCAGCACCACUGGUGUAUGCACCUCAUCUUGAGGGAUACGCUUACACUGAAGGACCUCCCUUCCAGCUCACCGCGCCGUAUUAUGCUCCGCCAUAUCCUCACUACACAAGUCCUCAACCGCCUCUGUCACCCAGGCCAUCUCAGCCCAAACAUGCUUUCUCAUCACCUCACGGUCACAGAGGUCCUUAUCUGAGGGUCGGGAGACACUGCCCUCAGCAGAGUUGCGAUGAAGUGUCUUGCAUGUCGCAAGAUUUCUAUGGAGAUAUCACAUCUAGUCAAGAUGCCACCGCCAACGACGAAGACAUGGAGAGCGAUGAGCAAGCAGUCCAGGGAGUGAAAGCGAGCUUCCGUCGACGCAAUCCCGAUUCCAAACCCGAGCGGAUUCUACGUAGUCUUAUUCGUCCAAAGUCUACCGAUGCGGAGUACGAGCUUGACGAUGACGCCUUGAGCAGCAUCUUCUCGGCUGUCAAUGCGAUUUUCUUCAAUGGCCGCCUCACCAGCCGGGUGAACUGGACUUGGUCAAAGCCAUCGGACCCCGAAUACAACCGCGAGAUCGUGGGUCACACUUCAUUCAGAAAGGCGAACCACGGCGGAUACGAGACCUUGAUCACCCUCUCGUUCCCCAUCCUCACAAGCCCGAAAUACAAUCGCCGGCUUCUCAUCUCAGCGUUCAUCCACGAACUGAUCCACUGCUACCUCUUCGUGUGCUGUGGCUUGGAGGCGCGGAACUGUGGUGGCCACACUCCUGGCUUUCAUCAGAUUGCCAAGAUCAUCGACAACUGGGCGGGACCCGGCAUGCUGCACCUCUGCGACAUGGAAGCAGACCUCGAGCACUUCCGCGUCGGGUCCCACGCUUGGACCAAUCAACAGCGAAGCCCGUCCCCUGCCCAUUACCACAAUAGGCACAAGGCUGAGUACGGCCCAAGUUACCGCUACCCAGCUACUGUUGUGUCACACAGCGGCAGCGCCUACUGGGAGCAACCAUCCUGCAGCGGGCGCUGGGACUACCCCGUCGCGCCUGUCGCUCGCGCUUAG